CCCGAGCGAGGCGGGCAAUUCGAACGUUUGCGCUUCGGGUUGGCGCGGGAGCGUGUGGCCGUGGCGUCGGCGGCGAAGAUCGAGCCCAAGGCUAGACAUGUCCGAGAGGCGAACGCGGUCCGGAGGGGCCGCCCAGAGCUCCGGGCCCAGGACCCCAACUCCUACUCAGUCUCUAAGGAGGUCCCAGCGGAAAUCAGGCUCUGAUCUUCCAAGCACCUUCCCAGAAAUCCGGCCUAAGGCACCCCAGGCGGCUCCAGUCCGAAAGCCCAUCGUCUUGAAGAAGAUCGUGGCCCAUACUGUAGAGACUCCAUCUGUUCCCACGCCUCGAAGAAGCCCCAGGAUCGCGUUUUUCUUGGAGAAAGAAAACAACCCUCCUAGCAAGGAGCCUACUAGAGAGGACCUCUUCCAGACACGCAGUGUCCCUGUCACUCCCACCCCUACUCCUGUGCUGUGUUCCCUGAAUGUUGAGUCCAAUUCAGGGGAAGGAGACCUGGACGCCAGAGACUUGGAAAUGUCAAAGAAAGUCAGGCGAUCCUACAGCCGCCUGGAGACUGUUGGCUCCGCCUCCACCUCCACCCCGGGCCGCCGGUCCUGCUUUGGCUUUGAGGGGCUGCUGGCCACAGAAGACUUGGCUGGAGUCUCACCUGUGGUGGGUUCAAAGUUAACUGAGGUCCCCAGGGUCCCUGUGAAGCCCUGGGCACCAGACACAACGCUCCCUGGAAUCUCGCCACCAGCCGUGAAGGAGAAACGGAAGAAGAGGAAGGUGCCAGAGAUCUUGAAAUCGGAGCUGGAUGAAUGGGCUGCGGCCAUGAAUGCUGAGUUUGAAGCUGCUGAGCAGUUUGAUCUCCUGGUUGAAUGAGAUGAGAUGGGGGUGUACCUGGCCACACUGCCCUCCUCCCCCUGUACAUAAUCCCCUCGCCCUGAGGAGAAGCCCCUUGGGGUCCCCUCCCUUGGUUUUGUUACCCGUGCACGUGCUAUUGCUGCACACAAGGCCUGUCCUUUGGGCCGUCUUAGCUUCAGGAAAUGGGGCCCACCUGGCCCAGCCACGCACUGGUGUCCUGUCUGUAGUCGGUGACCUACGACCCUCUGCCCUCCUACCUCCCGGAGCAUCCCAGCUGGUUUCCAGUUGGGCCACAGACUAGGGAGUGGGACUCACAGGCCCAGCCAGAGGAGGUUAAAGGGCCAGGGGUUGAGAGUGAAAGAGAGCAUCUGAGCUCUUGUUGGGAAAUGUGUCUGCUUUGCAGCAGCCCCACCGGAAACGGAUGCUGAGGGCCACGGCCAGACUCGGGCUUUGUCUUCUGAGUUGCCGCUACUGGGGCUUGGUUCCCAGCCACGAGGCUCGGGUAUCCUCUUAGAUUCUGUAGAGGGUCCAGGAGGACUGUCCCCGUGGAUUGGAGGCUGUUCUCUCCGAGGAGGAAGCUGGACACGCAGCCUAUGGAGUCUUGAGUUUUGAAGGAGGGAGGGAAGGCUUGGCUGGGUCUCAGACUGUACACGUUUACUACAUAGAAGCUGUGUUCGAUAGUUUUGUGUGUUCUGCUGUUGGGAUGUUCGGUUAAGCGCCAGGCUAGUGUGGCACUGACUGCUUGGGGCAAAGAAGGUGCCUCCAGAUGCCACAGAACCUGAGGCUCAGGGCAUUCGGACUGAUGCCAGCAGAGGGCCGGAAGGGGUCCCUCUUGUCACUCACACCUGUUUGUUAGUCUGCUCAGCUCUGGAAGAAAAACGUAGGGAUUGAAUGGUCUGGGUGACAUUAGUCUUUUAUAAGGUUCUAGGAAGCUUUUCUCAUGGGCCGGAAAGGGGCCAGGGUGGAGAGCAGUUUAAGUUUCAGCUUCCUGAGCAUCCUCUCACAUGAGGACACUGCCUGAGGUAGGUGCUAGGGGCUGAACUCGGGCGGGAGGGGGGUCAUCUCGUCUGGGGAUCCCCCCUCCCCAGCCCCUGUUUCUCUUUGCUCAAUAUUGACAAAAGGUGAACUUUCAAAGGUUGUCCAACUACAACUUCCACCAUCGCGCAGGCCACGGUGCCCUUGACGUGUGCAGGCUCAUGGACGUAGAGGCUAAGGGGCGGGGGGCUUGCAGACUGCAGAGGGCAUCAGGGAAGCUGAGCACUUGCGCGUUAGGGUACCUGAAAUGGCUCGAGCCAAGUGGGCGCUAAUUAAACUCGGCGGGGCCUAGCGGUCCCCGGACACCUGUCUAGCGCUUGGUGCUUUGUCAGACGCCACAAGUGAGCCCUUUUGCCAGGAUGGGCCCAGAUGCCCUUGACCACACCCGAGGAACCUUGUCUUCACUGGCUGGCGGGACGGCUCCUGGGAGGUGUCUGUCCUGCAGAAUCAGGAGUAGUCAAAUGAUGUUGAGUUGAUGUCCUGUCUGCAGACUUCUCUCUGCCCCUGACAAACUAAAUGGAGUUGAGGGAAAACUGUCUUAAAAAAAUUUUUAAACAAUCAAUUAAAGAGUUGCUGCCUGUU